UCCACUCAUGAGGUUUGGACUAUUAACACCAAGCAGCGCAAUCUCGCACUUCUGCACUGCAGGGCUGAUCGCUCUACAUGACACGUAUGAUCUGUGGGCUGCAGCACAUCCAUGCCACUAGCACAGGUCAUGUGGAAAGAGCCGUCGACGUGAACACGGUGCGGGCGGACGGCUCAGAUGAGGGCUGUGUGACGUUUGUGCUUCAUGAAGAAGAUCACACGCUGGGAAACUCGCUCAGAUACAUGAUCAUGAAGAGUCAGGACGUGGAGUUCUGUGGAUACAGCAUCACACACCCGUCAGAAAGCAAAAUCAACUUUCGGAUACAAACACGAGAUGGAGUUCCAGCAUCUGAACCUCUGCGUAAUGGACUGAACAACCUGACUGAAGUGUGCAAACAUGUGCUGCAGACGUUUGAGACACGGAUGAAAGCGUUCAAGGAUAACGAAGAAUCAAUGACGUGAAGAUCAGCACUCGUGCCGUGCCGGACGCUCAGGAUCAAUGAAUGAAUGAAUGUAGGAACCGGAGCAUGUGCUGCUCUUCAUUAAAUAACGGAUGGUUCCUUCCGUUUCCUCUUAUUUUGUUUUUAAAAAAUGUGUAUGUAUGAUUUUGUAUAUCAUUAUUACCCUUUUUCUUGCGUUCAUGAACAUCGGUGAAUGGUUUUUGCUAGUGUGAUGAGUUUCAAACUAGCAAUAGAGCAUAACCAGUAUUGUCCAUAUGAAAAUAUAUUCUAAAUGAAAUACAUUUUUGAACUGUUUAAAAAUCACAGAUGUCGUUGAUUAAUAUUUAUUAGCUUUAACAUCUGAUGCAUCAUAUACAGUAUACGUCAUCAUUAUGACGAAGUGAGAGACACAGGUGCUGUGAUCUCAGAUGAUUCAUUCUGAUAUCAAACAUUCCUAAACAAUAAAAUCAGAAUGUGAAAUGUC